AUGCACGCCGCCGUACUCCUCGCUCUCCCCUUCCUCGCCCCCGCCGCCGCCCAGGCUGCCGGCGGUGGCUCGGGCUCCAGCAUCCCCGGCGUCCACGUCGUCAAGGUUGGCGAGAGCGGCCUCACCUUUGAUCCCGCCGAGGUGACAGCCGCCGUCGGCGACGUCGUCGAGUUCCACUUCUACCCCCAAGCCCACUCGGUCGCCCAGUCGAGCUUCGACUCGCCCUGCCAGCCUCUCAACACGACCGGCUUCUUCAGCGGCCCCGUCCGCGUCCAGAGCGGUGUCUCCGACCAGGUCUUCAGCGUCACCGUCGAGAACACCAACCCCCAGUGGUACUACUGUGCCACCGGCCAGCACUGCCAGAACGGCAUGGUCGGCGUCAUCAACGCUCCGUAUGUUCUUCCCUUCCCCCGUCUGCUCUCCGCGCAAUGGCUUCUAACGCACACCAGUGCCAACAACAACCAGAGGACUCUCCAGGCCUACGCCCAGGCUGCCGCCAACGCGCAGAGCAACGUCGCCCCCAGCGCCACCGGCGGCGGCUCCCUCGGCGCUGCCGCCACCGCGGCCCCCUCCGCCGCCUCCGGCUCCGCUCGCCCGAGCUCCUCCUCCGCGCCCAGCGCCGGCAUGGAGGCCCACGGCGAGAUCCGCUGGGGCAUGCUCACCAUGGGUGUUGCCGUCGCCGGCUUCAUCGGCGGUCUCAUGAUCUAA